AUGAUCGGCGCUGACCAAAAGCAUACGAUCGGACUUAUGCAACAACAGGAACAGACGUCUUUGUCUUCAUCAUUUGUCCAUCAGCUUCCAGUAUCCACUUCUACCGAUUUGAAUUCAAGUGUUUAUGAUAAUGCUUAUCAUCAGAAAAAGUUUAAUCCGUCAUCAUCAUCACGAAUUAGACUUGCUGUACGUUGUUCGUGUCCAUUAAAUGACAAGCAACAGCAAUUCUUCGAUGAGAUCUUCUCUUCUCAUGAACAGACGACGAACAUUAGUGAACGGAUAUUAGAUGAAUGCAUACCACGUUUAACACAAAAUUCCUCAAAUACAUUGAUUGUCUUAUCUGGUCAAUAUAGAGAUCUUUAUCAACUUCAAGCAGUACUUUUAUCAUCGACAUUAACACGCUUAUGUAAAUUUAUUGAUGCAAAUCCUGAAAAAGAUUUAGCUGUUCGUUUGAAUGUACAAGAAUUCUUGUGUAAUAAAGUGAAAUGUUUACUGUCCACGGAUGAAGUGUCUGGUGCAUGUGCAAGUGAAACAUACCAAUAUUUAAACAAUCUCUGUUGUGAUCAUCGUAUUAAUCCAUUAUUAAUCACUUUUCAUGUUUUAAGUCGUUCAUCAAAUACGAAUUAUGGCUCGUUACGUAUUCUUCUAACGAAUCAUAGUGACAGUGAAAUUGGAAAACAACAGUUCUUGGAUUUAUUUAUGUCAUUAGCAUUAACAUUCUCAUCGAAUCGACCAAAACAAACGUUUUAUACAUCAACGAAACGGAAUCUAACGACUGGACUGUCAUUAUCAUUGAUACUAAGCGAAUAUAUCUCGAGUUAUUGUGAGCAAUCAUCGAAGAACUUUUUGUAUGUAUUAGCCAAUGUUAAAAAUGAUAAACAAUUGAAAUACUGGUCGAAGAUUCAACGGCUAUUUCGAGUGAAGAAGAAUCGAUUGAAAAUGUCAUGUGAUUGUUAUGAUUCCUAUGCGGAUUCCUCAUCUGCAGAAACGAUUACGAAUCGAAACACUGAAGAAAUUUGGAUUGAUGGCCCAUUAAGUUCAACGAAUUCCAAAAGUGAAGUUUGGAUCGAUGGUCCACCUGAAUUUUGUUCUCACUCAACAAAACUUCAACCUGUGAAAUUCUCUUUAAAACAUCGUUCGAACUCAUCUCGUCAAAGUAAAUCUCGCUCGAAACCUUCAAUCCUAUCUCCUAAACAUCCUUUACUCUCCUCGACAAUAUUAUCACAAGAUGAUCAAGCGAUGUCUUCGCGACAUUUCGAUACCGAAUCAGUUGUCAGCUCACACUGUCAUUUACCUGUUUUACCCGUAUUCAAAGAUCAUUCAUUACUUCCAUUUCGUUCCCAUCAAACCUUACCACGAACAAAACCAUUGAUAGCACCUACGGAAUCGAGUAAACUCGACCUUCGGCUGAGUACGAACAAAUUAAAUGAUGACAUGGAAGCAUUGGAAAAAACAUUAGAGACAUUAUUGAUUCCGUCAACGAGUGAUCCGACUGGAAACAAAAAGGAUCAUCAUGAUUCAGCAAGUAUUACUCAGUCAUUGAAUCGAAUUGAUCAAUUGUCAUCGUCAAUGUCAACUAAUGAGAAAACGAAACGUCUGUCUCGUAUUGUUUCACCAACACGAUUCGAGAAAAUACUCUCUAAUAAUCCAUCGAUAGAUGAUUUCAGUUGGUUUCAUCCCUUUUCGUCAUCUUCAGCCGGUUCAUCAGUUCCCAAUUCUCCUGCAACUAAACCGAAAAAUCGUCAAGUACGAACACCCUUGAUUACCACACCUGAAACACCCCGCCGUUCGAUGUUACCGACGAAAAAAACCAAGAUUCUCCCUGAUUCCAAUCGUCGAACUAAUCCAACUCAUUCUCGUCCUUCCAUUUUCCAACGUUUAUUCGGUUUACGUUCCUCAUCUAAUUCUCAACAACAGUCACAGCAACAACCCAUCUCCAUUAUCAUUGAAUCUCCACCAGCCUCACCAUUAAUAUCCCCACUUCGCGUUACUCUCGACUCGCGAGAUGAUCUCAUGCCUUUGACAACCAGUAGUACAACGUCGUCCGCAUCUGGACGUGCCAGUUCAAGUGGCUAUGAAUCAAUGAGUAAUACAGUAUUCGAAGAAAUCGUCUCAUCCAUACCAGUUAUCAUUGCAAAUGAAAAUAAUUCGAUCAAAUUACGCAACAAAUCAAUACGAAAAGAUGAGCGACGUUCGAACAUAAAUGCAUUAUGGAAUAGUCCAAUACUUCGUGAGAAAUCGAAUCGCCAGCAACGUAUUUCUCAACUAAAACACCGGCAAAAUGAACUGAAACUUGAAUUAGCCAUGACAAAGACAUUCUUACUCAUGGAUAAAAGCAAACAUUUCGAUUACAACGAAUCUCUCAAUUCGACGAUACAUAAUAGUCCAAUGCAUACGAAUUCAUCAACUAUGAAUGAAGAAGAUGAACUUGAGAACACCCACAUUAAGCUUGAAGGAAAUGGCGUCGGUACUCACGCUAUUGUUGUAUGCUGUUGUUGGACCUUUUGCAAUUCUGAAGCUUUAUGCGAAAAAUCUGAUGCGGCAAGCUUUGGCCCAAGUGGCUUGUUUACAUUGCUGAUUAAUUAUUGGUAUGUAAUUCCAAUUCUUCUUAUUUACAUUCUCCCUAAGAUAACUUCUCUGAUCAAAUCUUGGCUUUCACUGAUCGAAUUAUUCGCUAAUCAAAUUAUUCGUCCGACUAGUACAAGACUUCGUCAACUGUUACCCUCAACAUGGACAUUUGAUCCAAAUGAAACAUUUUGGCCGAUUGAAACUAUUCAUUUUCUAUUAACAUACGGUUCAAUUGGUCCAGCACUUUAUUGCGGUUAUGAGAUCUACUCUCGUCUAUGCUUUGGUAUCGUUUUCAAUCUCUGCAUUGCUAUUAGUAUAACAAUAGUUCUUACCACAACGUUGUGGCAAUUGCUUGACGCGAUCGAUCGUGUUCUUUAUCCAUUCAUAUUCGCAAUAAUUAUACAAUAUUAUAUCAUACCCGUUCGAUCAACAUGGAAUAUUCCAAUGACACUUUUGUUAACAACAUUUCUAUUUCCACGCAUAAACACCCUUGUAACAAAUAAUUCAAUCGAAGAUUUCAUACAGAUGAUCAAAUUUUGGAAUUAUGAAACACUUUCGGAAGAGAAUCAAGAUUAUAAACAAUUCUUUAGCGAAUUUGUGAAUUUAUUUCUAACUAUCUAUUUAACAUGCAGAAUUCUCAUUAUAUCGAUCAAUAGUCAAGUACCUUGGCUAUUGAUUAUAUCCAUGAUGAUCUUUUUACCUGCUUAUUUCUAUAUCAAAUUCAUUCGUUUCGUAUAUCUCGAACCCAGCACAACUAUGUUCUUAUUGUCUUCAUGUCUUCUAGGUGAAUAUAUUUUAAAUUAUCGACCAAAUGAUCAUUUCAUCUAUAAAUACUUUCUUGUUAUCAUGAUUUUGGCAUUCUAUUAUGCUCUCAUUUAUCCAAUUAUCUAUCACACUAUACGCUGGUUGACCCAGGGAUCUGCACAUCGAGUUCAUAUGCAACUAAAAUCAUUUCGAGAAUACAUUCAUCGACUAGCACGUGAAUUCAACGAACAAUACCUGCAUAUAACAUACACACAUGAUACCUCGCGGUAUUUCAUUCUGCAUUUAAGUAAUGUUUUUAUCGCAGCUUAUUUCCUCUUCUUCUUGCCAAUCAAUGUUUUAUUGCGAAUAAUCCUAUCUCUACUCAGUUAUUUACUCUUGGGUCGUUUAUUACUAACACGUGGAAUCGAACUUCUGGCAAUCUUGAUAGCAUUAUCGACAAGUGUGACAGCCGGUGCUGACGUUUAUGCUCGUUAUGAUAAUUCCAUUCUAAUCACAAUGUCGAUUGCUUUGAUCACAUAUGUUUCGACGGUAGUCAUUGUAUUCCCGAUCAUUUAUCGUUUAAUUCAACAUUUUAUUAUUCAAUUACCUCUGUUAAACUACUUCGAUAAAUUUUUACAAAUGACCUUCGUGCGUGCAUGGUCAUGCUUUGAUAUUUUCUGGCCACGUCUUGUAUCGAGUUUUCAUGAAGUUAAAACAAAGAUUGAACAAUCCAAAUUAAACAUAUUUAGACAGAAAAGAUAUAGACGAUAA